AUGAGUGAUAAACUGUUUAGAUUGGACGCAGGUUUCCAACAAUACGACUGGGGUAAGCUUGGUUCAACUUCUGCUGUUGCCAAGUAUGCCGCACAUUCCGACCCAUCAGUUAAGAUCGCUGAGGAUAAGCCUUAUGCUGAAUUGUGGAUGGGCACGCAUACAAAUGUGCCUUCCUACCGCCACGACGACAAAGCUUCUCUGAGAGAUUUAAUCUCUAGUAAUCCCAAGGAGUUCUUAGGUGAAGAUGUCAUUAAAAAAUUCCAAAGCACUACUGAAUUGCCUUUCUUGUUCAAGGUUCUAUCCAUCAGGAAAGUGUUGUCCAUUCAAGCUCAUCCAGAUAAGGCGCUAGGUAAGAUCUUGCGUGCCCAGGAUCCAAAAAACUAUCCAGAUGACAACCACAAACCCGAGAUGGCUAUCGCUGUGACCGAUUUUGAAGGUUUGUGCGGUUUCAAGCCGUUGGAAGAAAUUGCAGAUGAAUUGAAACGUAUACCAGAAUUAAAGGCAAUUGUUGGAGACGAAAUUGCAGAAUCUUUCAUUAAAAACAUCAAACCACAUGCUGUCAAAGGCUCUUCUGAGGACUCCGAAAACAAGAAGCUUCUGCAAUCUGUGUUUGGUAAGGUUAUGAACGCCUCUGAACCAACUAUCGCUGAGAACGCACGUCUACUGGUUAAAAGAGCUGAGACCAAACCAGAAGACUUCAACAAGCCAGAUUUGCCUCAAUUGAUUAUCGACCUUAACAAGCAAUUCCCUGAUGACGUCGGUUUGUUCUGUGGUUGUUUGUUACUAAACCAUUGCAAAUUGAAUGCUGGUGAAGCCAUUUUCUUGAGAGCAAAAGAUCCUCAUGCUUAUAUCAACGGUGAUAUUAUCGAAUGCAUGGCUGCAUCCGAUAAUGUUGUUAGAGCAGGUUUCACCCCAAAAUUCAAGGACGUUAAGAAUCUUGUCGAUAUGCUAACCUAUGCUUAUGACCCUGUUGAAGAGCAAAAGAUGAAAACAGAUGCUGUGCCCAAAUCUUCCGGUGCUGGUAGGUCUGUCUGUUUCAAUCCACCGAUUGAGGAAUUUGCAAUCAUUCAAACAACUUUUGCUGAGUCUACUGGAACCAGACAUUUCGAGGGUCUUGACGGCCCAAGUAUUUUGAUUACUACAAGCGGUAAUGGUUACAUCAGCAGUGAGGGAACCAAGUUAAAGGCUGAACCAGGUUUUGUCUUCUUCGUUGCACCAAACACUGCUGUAGAUUUGGAAGCUCUCGACACUGACUUUGUCACCUAUAGAGCCUUCGUUGAAGCCAACUGA